AAAAGACAACAUGAAAUAAAAUUACAACUAUUAUCGAAGGUUAAAAAGGACAUUUGAUAUUAAAAUUUUUCAGGUUGCCAAUAUGUUGCCAAUAUGUUGCCAAUAGAUACAAUUAAGAUUCUAAGGAACGUUUUUGUGACUAAGCCGUACAAAGAAAGGGGUAAUCUUGUUAACCUGUUACAUGGUGGGCUUUCUCAGUCAACUACGAUCAAUAUCCUGAGUUGAUGACAUAAAUGGGUGCUAAUCGAAAGUGAAGACAAAGAAAAAAUACACUUUUCAUGUUUUUUGCUAUGCGCACACACACACUUUUCUACACAAUGCUAUUUUAUCAACCUUAAAACACUGGCGUCUUUCUGGCAGAAUUCGGUGACAAAGGUGAAUCUCAAAGAAACAAGCACAGACAAUGGCUAUUGUGGUUCGCGAUGGUAUACUUAAACCAGCAGUCCUCAGAUUAUAAGAUCCGAUAUGUCUCUUCACUCAGCAUUACCAACUCCGCAUCUGAGACCGGAGUAACCAGGUAAGACUCAUUCAAAAACAUAACUUACACCAGAUCACGUCACAUCACUUCAUCACUGAAAAUGUCCGUCAUCAACGAAAUCACCAACCUCCACGCCUCUGCCUCCGCAAUCCUCGAAUGCAGCGGCCGCACCCCAACACGAAGCGAGUACGCCUCGGCCCUGGAGCUCGCCGACUCCGCGCUCGAACUCGCCGUCGCCGCGAACCUCGACGGGGAAGCGGUCGCGGCCUGCGCCGGCUUCCAGCAGUUCUGCUACGGCCAACUGCUGCGCUGCUGCGAGCGGGCCGCGGGCCACGAGCGCCUCGUGUACGAAAAGCGCUCGACGAGAGCGUCGCUGAAGCGCAAGCGCAGCGGCCGCGUCUUCGACACGGAUCCCGGCGAGCACCUGGUAAACGCCUUCCAGGCCGUGCGUCUAGGUAGGUUGUUGGAUGAGCAGGAGCGCGAGGAUACGUUGGAGACGAGUCGGAGGAUUCGCUGGAGUGAUGAGUUGCAAUAUUGAAUUGCUGAUUGCUAUGAGCCUGGGGCUUGUUAGUUGGUGACGGUAGGUUAUUCUUGAUUCUGGGUUAAAGGUAGGUCAAUUUGAUGAGCAUAUGUGGAGUUUUGGGGGGAUAGGAGUAUUGGAAUGGGUAUGAUUAUACCCUUUUGCAUAAUAAGGGUUUGAUGAGAAUAGAACUUGUCUUGUCAUUUUUAUACAGAAUUGUGCUCAACACAUACCUCUGUCAAAUUUAG